AAUUACUGUGGGAAUUUACAAUCAGCAGCUUUAAGUUUGCUGAGUUUUGUAGGAACGCUGCUUCCUCUCCCAUCCUCCCUUCGGUCCUGAAACACAUGGUAUGUUCCUUUUAAAAGCAAGCAAGUCAUCUUCUACUUCACCGGGUCUUCUCCUGGAACAGCUGCGUAAGAGAGGAGGAACUCCUGCUCACGCCAUUUCUUCUCUUGGAAUUCCAUACUCUAUGUAGACAGCUCACGCAGCACACACAAAUACAGGCAGAAGCCGAGUCUCUUCAGUCGAUGAGAGAAGGGCACAGAAGAAAAAGGAGUUUCUUUUUGUUGGAAUUGUUUCUUUCUGCGAGAGAAGGAGAGGGAACGUUGUCUCUCCUGCUGCGUUUGACAUCAUGCUCCUUUGUGUGGACUGGCUGUUCCCCAGGAUAAAAUCUUGAAGACGAUGGAGGACAAUAAGCAGCUGGCGCAGCACGUCGAUGGCACGGUCCAGUCUGUAGGCCAGGAGGUGACCAACCUGCACUCCGAGCUCUUGGCCACCAGGCGCAGACUUGCUGAGCUCGGAGCAAACGGUUAUACCUGGAUCGAGAACAAUCGUCAGCACAGAAAGCAUCCUCUGACGCCAGCCACAGACACCGACACGCGAUUGUUCAACGCGGCUGUGGAUCGGACCACAAACAAUCAUCUCAAGAUAAAUUAA